AUGCUAUUCAAAUCGGCCGUGAUUCUCGUCCUGGGAGGUCUGCAGGUAUCCCACGGCGCACCUUACAACACUACCGUCCUUGAACCCGAAUCCGAGUUAAACCCCAGGGCUUCCGGCCAGACAUACUUCACAGCAGACGGCUACGGCGACGCAAACUGUGGGGGAAACAAGUUCUGGUCGUACGAAGUCUCUUGGGGGACAGCCGAGAAGUGUCUGAGUGAGAAGAAGGAGAUCCGGUCAGUUUGGGUACACAACUAUGGGAAUUGCCCAGACGGGAAAGUCCGCAUUAUUCACCAUAGUGAGGGCUCGGAUUGCACGACGAAAUAUACUCUGAAGUCAUACGGGGUUAAGAGAGGUGACUGCUUGAACUUCCAGGAGCUGGGGGGUGCUGUUUUUCUUGUAUGUGAUGGGAGAGGUUGGAAUUGA